AGCGAACAGCCCUCACAUGCAGUGGGACGGCACCUAACCAUGUACUUGUACCACGCUUGGAAAUACCCUGGCCGCAUGCAACUCCAGCCUGUUGAGACCUUCCCCAUUUCGCUACGUUGGGUAGGGCGAUAUGCAUGCCCUUCACGGCGACGCCACCACAAGCAAGCCAUCAUCGGUCGAGUUUUCCAAGUACUGUCGGUGCCAGUCCAUCUUUGAGCCCAAAUACCUACGGACCCAUCGCGCCGGCGGCACCAAGGUCCUUCGGUAUAGAAAACUACAUCUCUCAAACCAUGCAAACUGACCCUUUGUCCUAUAUAUAUGGUUCCACGAUGUACUUAGGUGUUUUCCGCAUUGCUGCCCCGCGCACGUGUUCAGCAGCGUGUGUGGCUCGUCUGUGGUGACAAGAGUGACCGGUGACAGGGCAGAGCACUCGAUCACGUACCUCCGCUUCGAGGCAACGUACGACAAUGCGUUGCAAGUGGGCGAUGUGAUUCGAGAAGACGCGGUGCUGGCCAACCUUCGGCGGCAAACGCAUUGUGUGGGCGAAUGGAUUGCCAGUCACUACGACGUGUUGGAUGAAAACACAUGUUCCCGAGUGAGCGAAUUCAGUCCCAAGGCCCAGUCGACAUUGGGGUGGCAUUACCGGUGGAUUGGAGGGUCAGCAAGGCAACAACGGCAAGCUAUGCACACCCUUCGGGCGUACGUGUUUGAACGAAUCGUUGCACCGACGACCACCCGAACAGCGCACUACACCAAUCCCCCCGGCCAUGACCCCCCCCUUCCCACCCCCCUCUUGAGAGUUCUCUCCACAGCCUCAUCUCCUCCAUUUGUUGUCAUGUCAUAUCGACGUGCAUGCAAAACCUGCCAGCGCCAAAGCCCCGAAGACAUUGGCCAAUGUCAAUGCGAAGGCAUAUACCGCAUCCCCCCCCACAACCCUCCAUCUUCGCCGCUGCUCACCCCCCCGUCCACCAACCGCCUCGAGUGGGCUCCACCACCACCCGUGCUGCCACAUCAUCACCAGUACGACGCUCAUCGCCUCGGAUCCGUGGAGAGGGAGGAUCUUAGUGCUAUGGACGCCGGCGUCAUCCCCCUUGUACAAGUGGGCGACCGAGACAUGGAGACAGCUUUGGCCACCGUGUACUACUUUGUGUCGUCAUUUCCGCUUCUCCCUGCACAAAUCCCCCCACUGGAAAGGCUCUGGAACCUUCCACCCAACGCGGCAAGUCCUUUCCAGGCCAUGCACUGGUGGCUCCUUAACCACCCCCCAACCACCACGGUCAUCCCCCGACACUACGACCACAUCCUAGCUGCCGUCAACGCUGUCGUGGCCCACGCCUGCGUCCAUCAACUCCCCCAAGCAAGAGCCUACUUGCGCCUCCACGCAACGUCGCUUCUCCACAAAGCUGACCUCGAGCACACGUACCGCGAGCUUGUGCACCGCAUAUACGCGGCCUUGGACACCGUCGUCGCCCCGCUAGGCAUGACGUUAUUUAGCCUCGGUCAUGUCAUUGUCGAGAUCUGCGACGAGGUUCCCCUCUCAACGACAUCGCCUGUUGCUGUCGCUGCCGCCAUGUCUUCGUGUUUGACCCAAGUCCGUCGCCACAUGUCGUCGCCUCGAGCGUUUGAAUGGUUUGUCGCCCAAAUGCGUGAAAUGUACAUGGCGAUGGAGGUGCCAUCAUUGAUGGAGGUCGUCCGACCCCGCGCGUCGUCGGCGUUACUGGACGGGACGUGGGGCUUUGACCGCAUUGUCCCAAGUACGCACGAAAUGCCACCGCCGCCGUCCUGGCUCUGUCCGUCCAUGCUGACCGUCCUCCGCGCCACUACUAUGGGCUUGAUGGGGUUCCAUCUCACGACGGAGGCUUCCACGUCCUCCUGCAGUGUCACUAUCCAGGAGGCCAUGUUGUCGGACGACCAAGUGCCGUCGUCGGAAUUCAUCUUGGACCAAACGCAUCGAGUCGUAAGGGUGUUCCCCAACGGAGAAACCACCAUGGGCGUUGUGUCCCAUCUCCUUGCUGGCGAUUACAUUGGAGCAUACCAUCGCGGCGACGGUCGGGAAGGCCCGUCGAUGGCAAUAUCGCUGUUUAGCUGGCCGCUCCACGGAGUGGCUGCCCCCGACGAAGGCCAUGCAUUCCUUGGGCCUUCAAAGUCCAUGUGCUUCCAAGUAAAACUGCACGCAUCCUUGGUCGACUUAAACACUCUGCAUGUGCAUAUGCACGUGUUUGCUGCCCCGGAGCGACCGAUGUCCAACGGGGCAGCGGUCGAUUAUUGGGGGAUGGAUGCCACACAGCGCCAGGCGUGCUACGACACGCCAUACGAGGAAUUGGUCGUGGAACUUCGGGGCCAGUACCAGCGCCGAACAAAUACUGUAGCAUGGAGUAACCGAUAAACCACACCGAUGUGUUCUACU